AUGGCGGGCUUGGCCGUGACGCCGGCACCCGCGUGCACCUGCGCUGCCGGCCGCAGUAACCUACCGCUCACAGCGUCGGCCCUCGCCACGCACACUGAAUGCCGAGUGGAAAAAGCGGUGUCUUCCAGCCGGCAUUCACGGCCGCGGCGCGACGUCAGGGGUCUAGGCCGCACAGAGCGGAGGGCAGAGGCGGGAGGAAAGCCGCCGCCGCCGCCGCCGCCGCCGCCGCCGCUGCCGGCUUCCGGCCUGCGCGACCCACUGGCCCGUCUCACGCACUGCCGGCUCCCUCCCACUGCUCGCUUAAAGGCACUGCUCUCUGCACGCGUCGGCGCCACGUGCUCGCUGCAGCGGCGUCGGCGGGACGCCGAGUGGAUGGGCGCCCUGGAGCAGGCGCUGCUGCUCGGCCUCAACUCCACGGACGAGUUCACCUUCCGGGACUGCGUGUGGCGCAGAGGCGGCGACCGUGACGCCUGCCCUGACCCAGACAUCCACCUGUACCUCUACACCAGCGCCAACGCGAGCCGCGUGGAGGUGCCGCAGUCGCGGGCGGCGCUGGCGAGAGGCGAGUGGCUGCGAGAGGCCGUCGGGGGCGGCGGCGGCCUGGGCGGCCGGCAGCUGGUGCUGCUGGUGCACGGGUACGCCGGCGGAGACGGCCUGCUGCCCGCCGUCGUGCUGCGCGACGCGUACCUGCGCUCGGGCCGCUUCUGGGUGCUGGUGGUGGACUGGGGCGCGCUCGGCCGCCCCCCCUGCUACCCGGCCGCCGUGCACAACCUGCGGACCGCCGCCAGCUGCCUGGCGCGCCAGCUGUCCGCGCUGCGCCAGCUCGCCGGACUGGCGCCAGCAGCCUGCGUCGGCCACUCGCUGGGAGCACACCUCUGCGGCCUGCUGGCGCGACAGCUGCGCUUCCGCCUGCCCUCCAUCAUCGGCCUGGACCCGGCGCGGCCGCUGGUGAGGGCGGCGCUGCGGCUGGCGCAGGGCGACGCCGGCCACGUGCAGACGCUGCACACCAACGCCGGCCACUACGGCGAGCUGGCGACGCCGCGCAUGGCGCACGUCUCCGUCUGCGUCAACGGCGGCCGCCUGCAGCCCUUCUGCCUCGACAAGACAGGUGAGCGGCGGCGGCGGCGGCGGCGGCGGCGGCACACCGGCACUUCUCUGCACAGCGCGGGCCACACGUUACACGUUCUACCGGGUCAUCACAAACUGCUGUACAGGGAGGAGGGAGUGUGUUUUUCAGUGGCCGCGUCCGCCGCUGUUGCAGACCCGCACCUGUGCAGCCACGUGCGCUCCGUCUGCCUGCUGGCCGAGACGCUGCAGGCGGAGGGGAGAGCAGCCCACAGGCCGGGCAGCUUCCUCGCGGCCACCAGGCCCGGCGGUCUGCUGUUCGGACACCUCGCGCCCCCCAGCGCGCCGCCCCCGGAGGCCGACCGCGACUCGCAGGAGGUGCACGGCACGGCCGCCCCCCUGCUGGCGUGGCAGCUGGCCACGGCGGAGCCCGCGCGCCUCCAGCCCGCCACCGUCUCGCAGGGAUACGCGGCCGUCAAGGGCUGA